AGAGGAAGAAUGCAGAUUUUGUGCAUGCGCAUGGCACGUUUACGUGGCAUUGCAUGAACAAUGAGCGUUACCCGGAAGUGCUAAAUUUGGCAGAAACAUUUCGAGCUAGAUAGCUAUAAAGAAUAAUAGCUAAGUGCAGUUAGUUUUGCGCAAUUCUUCUUCUUUAAACAAAUAGCUAUAUUGAAGAGUACGAUAUGGGCAAUACACUUUCUAGGGAUGACAACGUGUCAACUGUAGGCAACAAGACUUGUGAGGGAAGAUAGUUAGCCUAGCAGACAAUCUAAUUUACUAACGUUACAGUAGCUAGUACUAGACGAUGUUUAGAUUUCUGCAAAAGUAAGAAUCAGAUUAGCUAGAUUGACAUGAUUGCAUAAACAACCGUGUUCAAGGUCAAUACCGUGGUGCCUCGUUAAAUCGUUGGGUUAUUUAGCUAGAUAGCGGAACUGACAACAUGGCUGUUAGACCUCUGUGCAGCUAGUUUUAGCAAGCUAUCAUUGCUGCGAAGUCGAUUCUUGUGAUCAUUGUUUGACAUUUUAGUCAUUAAGUAGACGCUCUUGUCAAGGGCGACUUACAAUUCAUGAAUUCGUUUUAAGAUAGUUAGGUGAGAAGACACAUCACGUUACAUUUUCCCUCAACAAAGUAUUUAUCACCAAAGUCAGUGCUAAUGGGAAAAGAGAUUGUGUUAUUUUUACAGUUGGCGUUAUCUGUCUAGCAAUCAAGCUUGCCAACCUAUCUAGCUAGUCAACUUCUGAAUUCAGAUUAGUCUGAGUCUACCGCUCUAACUACAGCUUUCCAGUAGUCAGGCUAAUUGUUGUUUGCAAAGCACAGCUUCAAUUAUGUCUAUGGACGACUUCACUUCGAUCAGCCUGCUGUCACUGGCAAUGCUAGUGGGAUGUUAUGUGUCUGGAACCAUUCCUCUGGCUGUCAACUUCUCAGAGGAGAAACUGAAACUGGUGACGGUCCUGGGAGCAGGGCUGCUGUGUGGUACUGCCCUGGCUGUCAUCAUCCCCGAGGGGGUGCAUGCCCUGUAUGAGGAGGUCCUGGAGGCACAGCCACAGCCACGAGCACCUCCAUGCCUACAUCGGGGUGUCCCUGGUCCUGGGGUUUGUCUUCAUGCUGCUGGUCGACCAGAUAGGAAGCGCCCACGUACACAGCAGUGUUGACGAUCCAGAGUCUGCGAGGAUUGCCAGCUCAAAGAUCACCACCACCUUGGGACUGGUUGUCCAUGCGGCGGGUAAGAUGGCUUCAUUAUACAAUGUUUCAGACCAAGAUGUUUUUAGGAAGAAGAGAGAGUGGAAGUCUAUGGAGGCUUGUAGGUGGAUUCGGCAUCUUAUCUACUGGGCUGUUGGCACAGUAAACUCCACCACCACAAAGCUCAUGGCCCUGGGACUGAACUUCCUUGGUUCUGUCCCCGAGGACCCUCCAUGUUCUACAGGGGCUGUUGGCACAGUAAACUCCACCACCGCAAAGCUCAUGGCCCUGGGACUGAACCUCCUUGGUUCUGUCCCCGAGGGCCCUCCAUGUUCUACAGGGGCUGUUGGCACAGUAAACUCCACCACCACAAAGCUCAUGGCCCUGGGACUGAACCUCCUUGGUUCUGUCCCCGAGGGCCCUCCGUGUUCUACAGGGGCUGUUGGCACACAUCUGUGUUUAAACCCUGUCUCUUAUCGUUCCGCCCAGGCCCCAGCAGCCUUUGGCCUGGUCUCUUUCCUGAUGCAUGCUGGUCUGGAGAGGAACCGGAUCCGUAAACACCUGCGCUUCGCCCUGGCAGCACCUGUCCUCGCCAUGGUUACCUUCGUAGGACUCAGCCAGAGCAGUAAAGAGGCACUGUCCAACGUGAACGCCACGGGCGUGGCCAUGCUGUUCUCUGCCGGSACCUUCCUGUACGUCGCCACCGUACACGUUCUGCCCGAYGUGGGSGGGACCGGACACAGCCACUCCCCCACACCGGGGAAGGAAGCGGCGAAGGGACUGAGCAAGGUGGAGGUUGGGGCUCUGGUUCUGGGCUGUCUGAUACCGCUGGUGCUGUCUGUUGGACACCACCACUAGACACACAGAGGAGACCCAGAGGAGACCCAGAGGAGGAGAGGAAAGGAGGGAUGUAAGAGAGGAAGAGUAGGUUUAGAGAGAAAGCAGCCUAACAGACACCUCUUAUCACACAUCUCAAAUGUCUUAUUUACCAUCAGUUGAUGGACUUCUGAUUUGGUUGGAUUGCGGUUGUUGUGUCCUCGUCGCCGGGACAACGACCUGCGGGUGGAAUCGGAACAGCGCUGGACAACACAAAGGGGCGAUGAUGUCAUAACCAUAGUAACAAGGACCUCCCACUUGUUCAACACUCUAAAGGAAGUGCUAUCUGCUGAUACUGAUGACCAGACUGCUACCAUGUUUUCUGCUUCUUUUAAGCAGACAUUUAUUUUUCUAUUUUCAGGGGAGGGGGUUCUCUCUAGGUAGGCUUUACAGAAAGCAGGGGAGUUGAUUAUUAUGGUUGUAUCCUGUUUCAGUGCUACAAAUGAACUGUCAACUCCUGAACUCAUGUUAAUGUACCUGCUUUUGUUGUUGUUGUUGUUGAGGACUGGGCUGUGAGAAAUGUAGAGAUACUUGUGACAUCUUGCAGUAAAACUAAAGUUUUUAAAUCAA